AAAUAAUUAUAAUUGAUCCAUCAAAACCUAAUGGAAAACCAACCCGACCUGAGCAGGUUAUAAAACCUUACAAUCUCUUUUCAUUUUCACCAGUUUUCAGCUGCUCGCCUUGCAGGUGUUUUUGUAGUUAAGUCCAACUAUGGCUACCCGAAUGGCUGCUAGAUACAUGUCUAAAAGGUUCUCAAGUGGUGGGAAAUUACUAAGUGAGGAGGAAAAAGCUGCUGAAAAUGUUUACAUCAAGAAAUCUGAGAAAGAGAAAUUGGAGAAACUUGCACGCAAGGGACCGAAACCAGAGGAGCAACCAGCUGUUGGUUCAGGGGGUUCCGUGACUGAUGCUAAGCCUAGUAGCUCUACAUCAACAUCAAGAGCUUCGUCGACUGAGAAAGUAUCAACCGAUAAGUAUCAAAACUAUGCAGUUCUUGCUGGUGUUGUAACCUUUGCAAGUGCUUCGGGAUGGUAUAUGAUAUCUCCAGAUAAGAAGAAAGAAACCCAGGACUGAGGUUAACACGAAACCAAUCGGAUUUUAGAACCGAAAUAUGGCACGGAUAGUUGAAAAUAAACCAAACUUUUUUGAGACCAGUUGGUUAUGUUCCUUCCACGGCAUAAAUAGUACAAUUUCAUCCAUUUUUUCUGGGAUUUAUAUGCAUCGCACUUGACCUUGAGUAUAGGACACUUAAAGGGUUCUACCCGCAGUAGAGGUUAAUUGUAUCAUAUAUCCUCAAACUAUGAUACAAAUUUUAAAUUGGUUCUUAAA